CAUGAAAUGCAAGGUUCAGCAGAAGUUAAGUUAAUGUAUAUUUUAGUGCACAGUUUUGUUCGAUAUGACUGUGAAUGCAACAUGUCUAUGUGUUAUCCACGAGACAUUUUAAAGAGAAUGUAUGCUAGUGUCCUGUGCAUCCCGUGUCUUUUUUGGUUGUGCGUAUGUCCUAUUUAAACCCCUCUGAGGAUGUGAGCACAGUUCUGGAUGUGCUAAGAAUAAAGCAUCAUUCGGAUUACAGGUUGCGGCUGUUCUGGGAGCUGCAAACUCACUGUCAGCUUCAGCGUUUCCUGCGCUCACGCUGUCCCUUGAUCAGUGACUCAGUACUUCCUUGGCUUGCCGUGAUACAGCAGAAAGCGGGCAUCUGUAUUGACCUAGAGGGAGAGAGAGAGGGAGGUUUGGAGACUGCAGUGUUGUGGAGAGGUACAGCAGAGCCUGCGUGGCUAUUCAGGGGAGGAUUGUCUGAAACCUUUCUUUUUUUCCCCCCUCAUCUGUUAUUUAAUGACUCAAAUGGCGCUGCUGUGGCGAUGCUCUGCCUGUUUUUGUCUGCUUAGCUCACCACCCGCUGUCUCGCAGAAACUAUCAGCCUGUGGAGCGCUUAUCUCAAGAGGGUUGUAGACAGAGAUAACGUGUUCAAUUGCUGCCACUUUUCCAUGCUAGUCCGGUUGCGCUGCUGAGUUUACUGCCGGGUUGGAAGGUAUGAUGUCAUUCUGUUACAGUCAGCAAGACCAAGGACAUCUUUGAGACAGCCCGACCAUCGUGGACGUCUGGGGCGAGGUGGAGGUCGUGGAGGGGGACAUGGAGACCCCCUUCCUCGCACAGGAAGCUUGAGAGACUCCCAGCCUGAUGGGAAAGGUGGCAGACCCCACAACACCCCCCCAAACACACCCACAAGAAGACCCUCCCUUCCCUCAGAAAGAUCAGACAAAAGAAUGACACUUCCCUCAAGAUUCCAAAAAGAAGUCCAUGCCCAUCUCUUCCAAAACCAACAGCAGAGCAAUGCCCCUUCUAUCCUGAAUGAAAACACAACUCCAUCAAAACCCAGGCUGCCUCAUUCUGCACCUUACAGUCCCAGGCUGGUGCAGUCUCGUCUUAAAGAGGUUCUCAACAAGCACAGCAACGGCCUCUGGGUAUCCAAACUGCCUCAGCUGUAUCGAGAGCAUUAUAAACAAGAUCUACCCAGUGAAGCCCUGAAAGACCUGGAGCACUGGACGCACAUUUGUACUGUUGAAAAACCAUGCAGUACCAAACCUCAAGAGUUGCUGCUGUACCCUGCUAAAGAAACUAGCCAGAUUAUCCCACAUAGUGCUGCUACACCCCCCACCCAUGACAAAUCCCCAUUUCAUCACAAAAAACCUCAGACUCAAAGAUCAUCUUCCACUUCCAAAUCAAGCACUCCGGCGUCCCCCAAGGAUCUACCACCCGACGUCAAGCAGAAGCUUGGAGAGCUGCUCUUGAAAUACAGCAGUGGCCUGUGGGCCCACGCGCUGCCUAAACUGUAUCAGGACACAUAUAAAUGUAAACUACCAGAGUUUGUGCUGGACCACCUCACCCUGCUUUCAGAUAUAUGCACGAUUGACUACCCCAUGCCGGACAACCCCAAAAGAGCAAUUCUGUAUGCAAAAGUAGUAGAAGACGAGAACCGUAACCCGUCGGGAUUGGCUGGCUCAGAGACGAAAGAAGCAGUAGAGCGCAGUUUGAGCAGCCAGACGGUUCCUCCUCUUGUCAUCCCUAGAGAGGAAUACCCUUCUGUCCUGGUGGUGGAAGCAGGGGACACAAACAGUGUCAUUCUGAGGUACAUCGGUGAAGGCUACUCUAAGGCACAGGAGAAGUUAGAAGAUGAAAUGAGAGAAUUCUAUGGGCAAGACAGCAACAAAGUGGCUCUGACUUCACCAUUAACAGGUCAGCUGACUGCUGUACGUGCUGAGGAAGAGGAGGAGAUCCUCCGAGCUCAAGUCUGUGAGGUCAUGGCUGACAAGGUCAAGGUGUACUACGUGGAUCAUGGCUUUUCUGAAGUCAUCAGCAAGAUUAAACUAUUUGAGUUGCAUGAGAAGUUUUGUAGAUUGCCUUUCCAAGCCACCAAAUGUAAACUAGCAGGCCUGGAGUCAUUCAGUCAGGAGCAGGCAGUACUGAAGAGGUUUGAGUCCAUGGCCACUGGUAAGAUCCUACUGGCUGAGAUCUUAGUGCGUCAGGAAGUGCCUCUGGUGGUCCUGUAUGACACAUCACAAGAUGAUGAUAUCAACAUCAAUGCUGCCUGUAUGAAAGCUCUACAAGAUAAAUCCUUAGAGAGUCCCUUAAAGGUGAACAGUGCCUACAUGAAUGUGAAUGUGACCAGCGUGUGCUCAGAUGGGACGAUCUACUGUCAGGUCCCCUCCAGAGGCUUGACUAAACUCAACGAAAUUCUGGAGAAGACGGAAAACUAUUUACAUUCCCAGGUCACAUCAGAGUUGCUGGUUUCACGGCCUUUCUGUGGCAAAAUCUGUUUGGCUCGAUACAAAGGCAAAUGGUCCCGGGGGGAGAUAACGAACCUGCACGGCAGCCGGGUGGUGGACAUCUUGUUUGUGGAUGUAGGCGUUCAGGCAUCAAUUGAGGUCACUGAGUUGAGAGAGAUCCCACCUCCUACGCUGCGUGACCUUAUAUCCACCCCGGCCCAGGCGCUGAAGUGUUGUCUGGCGGAUCUGCCUGUGAGCGUGGGCUCGUGGACUCCAGAUGCCGUCCAGUGGCUGAGAGACACGGCUCUCCACUGCAGUGACUGCAGCUUGAAGAUAGCUAAAGUGGAUGAGCCCAAACGCCUCGCUCAUGUUUAUCUCUUCACCAGCAAGAACUUCCACGACACAAGCUGCAGCUUAAACCAACAGCUGGCCGACUCUAAUCUGUGGAACCACCAGAAGGAUGUUUUCUUAAGCAGCCGGGGGCCCUCAAAAUCCCUCAACGCCCCGACGAGCCCUGCCACCAUCCAGACCCCCAGCCUCCGCUCUGAUGGACAGGAGAAAGCCCCACACACACCCAAGAGGAUGUCAUCUCCGCUGGGGAGCCAGAGCACACCUCCCGGCUCGCCGCCUGAACAGCUGGCUCUUCCACCGCUGCUGGAGCUGCCCGAGAUUGGGCAGAAUUUGGAUGUGUUUGUUUCAGUGGCGUGCCAUCCCGGGCACUUCGUGCUGCAGCCAUGGCACGAUAUGUACAAACUGGUGGAUCUGAUGGGGGAGAUGAUUCUGCAUUAUAAUAAGAUGGAGGAGAAACCACUUAAAGUGGAGAAGAACCAGGUCUGUGCUGCCAAGGUGGAAAACAACUGGUACCGAGUACUGGUGAAAGGAGUCCUGACCAAUGGUCUGGUGUCAGUGUUUCAGCUGGACUAUGGCAAACAUGAGCUGGUGAGCUGCACCCAGCUCCGGCCCCUCACCCAGGAGUUCUGCCAGCUCCCCUUCCAGGCCAUCACUGCUCAGCUGGCUGGUCUGAAACCCAGGCAGUGGUCUGAGGAGGCCUCCAUUGUGUUCAGGAACCACGUGGAGAAGAAGCCCCUGGUAGGCCAGCUGGAGUCGGUGCAGGAAGCAUCACAGCCCUGGGACCGUAAGGUGGUUAUCUACUUGGUGGACACCUCACAAGAGGAACGGGACAUUUGGCUUCACGACAUUAUGGCUGAAUUCACUGAUGAGAUGUCCAACGCCGCAUAGACAUUUUCGAAAGGUUCGCGUAAGAUUGUUCAUUAGUAUGCUAUAGAUUAAAGGUUUAUUUUUCCAAAUAUGACUUGGACGCAGAUCUGCGUUAAAAAAUGUGAAUCAGAGUUUAAAGGUGAAACUUUUAGACACAAGUAUUGCGCUUUCUAGCAACUUGUAUGUUAAACAAACAGGAUAGCAGCACCUCUUCAAGGUGUGGUGAGAGAGUGAGUAAUGCUCUUUGUAGACUAUUGCCUUUUCUUUAAUACAAAAUAGCUGUGAAGAUCCAUCAUCAGUGAAAUCAAGCUUCAAUCUUCUGUGGGACCUAAAGUUAAUCAUGAUCACUAAAGUUGUACCAAACCCUGAUGCUGUCAGUCAUUUAUGUGACCCUGCACCACAAAAGCAGUCUUGAGUGUCAAUUUAUUUACGGUAGGAAAUGUGAAAAAUUUCUUCUUGGAACAUGAUCUUUACUUAAUAUCCUAACGAUUUUUGGCAUAAAAGAAAACUCGAUAAUUUUGAACCAUACAUCGUUUUUUUUGGCUAUUGCUAAAAAUGUAACCUAGGGACUUAAGACUUAAGGUUUGUGGUCCAGAGUCACAUAUAAUAAUGUAUCUGCAAACGGUCUGAAUACAUUAUAUAAGUUUGAUUGUCCAGAUGAUGUGCUUGUGGUGGCUUGCUUCAUGCUUCAAGCAUAGCAUGUUACAAAGCUGCCAGUUUACUACUCUGUAUGGUCCAAAAGAGACUUUACAACUUGCACAAAGCUGAUAGUGUGUUAUUUCAAAAUUGUUUACAUGGAGAAGCUUAAAUAGAAGUCUGAAAUAGUCUAAAAUGCAAGAGGAGCGGCAAAAGCCUACCUUGCUGUAGAUGUAUGUAUUUGAGCUCUGGUUUUAGCAUUAUUUAUUUAGUUUUUAUUUUCCUUCUGUCUUGCUAAUAAUACAGUGGAGGCAUGUUUGGGGUUGUGACAAUUCAAUGUAUUUUAAUAGCAGUGGCAUAGUAAAUUACUAUAAGUAAAUUAAUAAGUUUUAUUACCUGAAUAUGACAGUUAGACUUGAAAUUUAAACCACUGUUGGCAUGUAGGAUUUCAGCUGUGUUUUAACUACAGAUGUUGAAUAUAAAAAAUGAAAAAAAAAAAAGUAACAAUCACUGGUAGUAAACUUAAUAUACAUAACCUUUACCUUAAAUGUCAACUUGGAAUCAAAAUUGAAUCAAUUUUCUGUAUUAUCCCACCCCUCUGGUUUUAUGUGAAUGAAAAUAAAUGACAAUUAAAUCGCUUGUUCCUUCA